UCUUUAACGCUGAGCAAAUGGCAGAUGAGCAGGAUCCACACGUGCGCUCUGUUUAUCUACAGGACCUGAGUGAAAGCAGCUCUCCUCCAGAUGUGAAUGAGUCUGUGGCCUCUACUGCAGACCUACAGGACCCUAGUGAAACCACCUUUUCUCAAGAUCUUAAUGUGUCUGAGGCUUCUACUGCAGACCAACAGGACCUGAGUGAAAGCACGUGUCCUCCAGACAUGGAAGAGUCUGUGGCCUCUGCUGCAGACCUACAGGACCUGAGUGAAAGCAGCUGUCCUGCAGAUCCUCAUGUGUCCUCUGUUUCGGAGCAGCUGGAGAGCACAGUGCUGGAGUCUGGAGGUGCAGAUGUGAAGGAUGUUUACUGUGAAACUCACCUGAGGACGCACGCUGCAAAUGCACACUUACUAGUGCACUCCAGUGGACGCCUGCAGGGGGAGACGUGCAGGGAGCAUCAGAACCUGCCGGAGGUUUAUGGAGGACACAACACCACUGCGCAGGAGAGAACAGAGAAACAGAGCCAGCUGCAAAAGUCCAAGCAGAUGAUCAGGGAUAGAGAGACAGAGCUGAAGGAAAUGCGGAAAGCUGCAGGAAACCUCAGGAACCUGACUAAAGCCACAGAGGAAGAAGGCGACAGGAUCUUCACCGAUAUGCUCAGCUUCAUACGCAGAAGCCACACAGAGAUGAUGAAUCUGCUCCAGACUCAGAUGAGCGUGGAGAUGGACAGAAUUCAGGAACAUCUGGAACAACUGGACCAGGAGAUCCACAAACUGAAGAGAAAACACUCUGAACUGGAGCAGCUUUCAACUGAAGAUCACUUACACUUACUACAGAGCACUGACGUGCCCAGCCUGACCGCUAACCCACAGUUCUCUUUUGGGGAAAUGAUCAAGUCCCUCUCCUCAUUAACUGCACAAAUACAGGAUGUCUGGAGACGGGAAAUCAGCAGCAUUUCCUCAGCAGUGAUCACAGAGAAGAUCUUACUGCCUGUUGAACCCAAGACGAGGGAUGAGUUUCUACAGUUUCUGGUUCCCUUGAGUCUGGACCCAAACACCGCCCACAGGAGCCUUCGUUUAUCAGAUCAGAACCGUGCGGUGGCGUGCAGCCCGGACCUCCAGCCGUACCCUGAGCACCCACAGCGCUUCCAGUGGUGGGCGCAGGUUUUGAGUCGAGAGCGUCUGUUUGGCCGCUGCUACUGGGAGGCAGAGUGGAGCGGUCGGUAUGGCGUGGACAUCGCAGUGUCCUACAGAGACAUCGGCCGUACUGGAGAACAGGACGACGCUGGGUUUGGAUACAACACACACUCCUGGAGUCUGGACUGCUCUGAAAGAUACGCAGUGGUGCACGAUAACGUGGAGACAGAGGUCAGUGUUCCAGCGUCCCGCAGGAUCGGGGUUUAUCUGGACACCCGUGUGGGUUUUCUGUGUUUCUACAGCGUCUCAGACCGCAUGAUCCUCCUGCACAGACUCCACACACGCUUUAAUCAACCUCUGCAUCCAGGGUUUGGUCUCUUUCAGGGAUCCGCUGCCAGAUUUUGUUCCCCAGAAAUGGACAAACCCAAGAAUAAAAAAGCAAGUGCAAAUCAAAGACAUAGAACCAUGAAAAAAAUGAGGAAAAGCAGAAAACAUUCAGCAUAGAUUUAAAAGAUAUACAAGACAUGUGUAGUUUACAAUAGCGGAGUCUGUUAAUAAUGUUAAAGCAUGCUGAAAUGUGACAGUGAACAUUUAAUUAUGUUACUAAGUGUGGUUUAACUUACUGUUAAACUUUUUAUACCGUAACAGAGUUGACAUUUUGUACUGCAGAUGCACAUCUGGA